AAUAAAUUAUUUAAAACACGAUAAAUGGUUAAUAAAGUAUUUCAUUACAACCUAAAACCUGAUAUGAACAAAGCAAAUGUAUAAAAAUAUAUUUAAAAAAAUAAAAAAUAUAUCUGUAUAUAUAAUUAAUUAUGCAACGCCAUUGCUAUCUUGAGGUGCAACUAAAAAUGCUUUAUUUAAAUGUAAACAAUAUGUAAUUUAGGUCAGUUACAAUGUGUCCAUCGCUACUGUUGCAUUACAAUAAAGCGUUGUAUGCCUGACUCGGCUAUACUUAGUAAAAUGAGGAAGUAAAAUGGAAAAUCGCUUUAGGAAAACAGUCGCCAUAUUGGUUGUCGCUCCCGCGCUUUGUCCGUACAUAGACAAUAUUUGAAACAAAAACAAAAAAGGAUUUAUUUGUGUGUGUUUGUUUUUUUUUUUUUUUUUUAAAUGUUGUGACUAGUGUUUUUUUAUUUUGUAGACUAUAUUUGUUAUGCGUUUGAAGUUCACGGAGAAAAUGUCGGCAGGCCGCAAGGAGCUGCGGCAGCUGUCGCAGGUCGCGGCAAACAUCAUGAAGGAGAAAAGCAAAAACGCGGCACGAUCCAGGAGGGAAAAAGAGAACACAGAAUUCUUGGAGCUGGCGAAACUGCUGCCUCUGCCUUCCGCCAUCACCUCGCAGCUGGACAAGGCCUCCGUUAUAAGACUAACGACCAGCUACCUGAAGAUGCGCCAGGUUUUUCCUGAUGGCUUGGGAGACGCGUGGGGAGCGGCGCCACCACCACCACAGCCCCGGGAAUUGUCGAUACGAGAGCUCGGGUCGCAUUUGCUCCAAACUUUGGACGGUUUUAUAUUCGUAGUGGCUCCGGAUGGCAAAAUUAUGUACAUCAGCGAAACUGCAUCAGUACAUCUUGGCUUGAGUCAGGUGGAACUGACCGGCAACUCUAUAUACGAGUACAUCCACCAAGCAGACCACGAGGAGAUGAAUGCAGUACUGAGUCUCCACCACCCUCAUUCAUACCACGGCCACCAGUAUCCUUCAGUUGGGUAUCCGGUGGGAGGGACUUGGGGUCCGACAGUUGAUGCGGAGUGUGAAAGAGCGUUCUUCAUCAGAAUGAAAUGUGUGCUGGCGAAGAGGAACGCCGGCCUAACCACCUCAGGAUACAAGGUGAUCCACUGCUCCGGCUACCUAAGAGUUCGGCGGUUCGGUGAGGGCUCCGCCCCCCUCGGGCUGGUGGCAGUGGGGCACUCCCUCCCCCCCUCCGCCGUCACAGAACUCAAGCUGCACUCCAACAUGUUCAUGUUCCGAGCGUCGUUGGACAUGCGGCUGAUCUUCCUGGAUGCAAGGGUGGCAGCCCUAACUGGAUACGAGCCACAGGAUCUAAUCGAGAAGACAUUGUACAACUUUAUACACGGAACCGAUGUACUUCAUAUGAGAUAUUCACAUUGCACAUUACUGACAAAAGGUCAAGUGACGUCACAGUACUACCGUUUCUUGACCAAAUCCGGCGGCUGGGUGUGGAUGCAGAGCUACGCGACCAUUGUGCACAACUCUAGGUCGUCCAGGCCUCACUGCAUCGUGUCUGUUAAUUAUGUUUUGAGCGAAAUCGAAGAGAAACAUCUCAUCUUGAACAUCGAUCAGGUGCCGCCGAAACUGAACCACGAUGCGCCCACCCCGUCCCACGUGCCGACCACCACCACGUCUCCCCAGAUGCACAUUAGACACACAGACAAAAUAAACCACAUACAUUUAGAUAGCGAGUUCAGCGGCGACUCGAGCGGUGGGUACACAUACUCGGAGUACGCCCUGCCGGUGAUACCGACCUACGAGAACCAGGACGACUACCAUCACCAGCAAAACGGCUAUCAAGAGCUCUUCUACAACGAAAACUACACCGAACCGGAGGUCAUACAGAACAGCUACGUGAGCUACCCCCAAAAUCAGAGACCUUUUUCGGCCAGCUCCUCAUCGUGCAGUUCAAUAGAAGGCUCUGAGGUCACGAAUCAAUAUAACUACACGAAUUUGAUAUCGUUUUAUCCCAAUCAAAACGGUAGGCCGGUUGUGGACGGGAAUUUUAGUAAUUUCGGUAAGAUGACCCCGAGUCCUUCGGUCCAGGAAGGAUACACCAGCGUCAUAGUGGACAACACUCAGCAGUUCCACCACCACGGGGGUGCGGUGAAUGAAUUUGUUCAUUGAUCAUUUCCUUUAGAUUCCAUGGAAGAUUCUAGAUAGUGGUUCAGUCAAAAGCGAAAGGUCGUACGUCUGAUUUAUAUGUGACUGUGAACGUUCUCAAGAAAACGAAGAUUGGUGGUCCCACUGCUGUUCCCUAACUCUAUAGAUAUAUUUAAAAAAGAGCGAAAUUUUUGCUUCACUAACUCUUUCGGCCCACUCCCAAUUUUAGAUAGUUAAGUCUCGACUUGACAGUGUGACGAGGCAAAGGUUUUGAAUCCGCUCCUGUCACUAUAAAUACGAUACAAACAGAAGACUUAAUUAAUAUGAAUCCUAUUCAUCAUCAUACCUGACCGUGUUAAUACUUAAUACUGACGUUAAACAACGCCAUCUAGUGUUCGGGAGACGUGACCGGUCCCUUGAGAGUAAUUCUGACGCGCCAUUUGUGCGAGUUUUUAGUUUAGCAAAGGUAUAUUAUCUGUCGCUAUUAAUUUUUUUUUAAUCAUAGAACCCGAUUUUACGUCUUGUAAAAAAUGCGAUUUAAUUUUACUAAUUUACGAUAGUUUCCUUUAAAAUGAAUAAGUACUUUGUGGUUUUUUAUGUUUGAGAUCAACGAAUUUUAUUUAGAAUCUCAAUCUUUGUAAUAUAUUUUAUCGUAUACUUGAAAAUAUAUAAAGCAAAAAUACCUACGCCUAAAUCUUGCCUGUUUUAAUUAUGACGAAUUUAUAAAAAAAAAUAUAACUUUCGAAAUUGCUUCCCAUAGGUGUACAGAGGUAGGAAGUUGUUAAGUGUGAAUAAAAACUUGUAAAUAGUUUAGCGUUUUCUAUUUUAUACAAAAAAAAGAUAUAUAUAAAUAUUUUAUGCAUUGAUUUAUUAUGUAUCGUAAUUUAUUUGUGAACAUUAAGGGCACUUUAGUCCAGAAGGCUUGGUAAGUUUUUUUUUCUUCAUAUUUAUAACAAUUUCAUUAAAUAAGUAAAUAGAAUAUUGAUCUUAGCGUUGAGCGAUUAUAAAUAAACUAUAGAAAUUAUCUAGUAAGAUAUGAAAUUAUUUUGUAAUGCCUUCGCGGGCCGCAGGCGUGAAUUAAUUAUUAAUAUGAUUUGAAAAUAUUUUGUGUUAUAAUUAUGGAAGGUAGAGGUAAGUUAUCUCAGACUAAGUUCUAUUGAGGUUACUAGCAGUAGGUAAGCAAAGAAAAGGAGAUGAGAACUGACCGUGUCCGGCUGUGAGUGGUCAUUAGGGUCGCCACCCGUACUUUUUAAUAAAUACACAUCUAUAUAUACAUUUUUAAUAAGUACAUUAUUUCUGGUAAUUGUACUCUAUACUUUAUGUGAACCAUAAAGUACACGAAAUUAAUAUAAUUAGCAUGAUUUUAUUUCUUUGAGAUAUUUAAAAGUUUACUCAUUGUAUUUUUUCGUUAUGCGAAAUACAUCGAUUGCUCAAUCGAUGUCGCCACUCGCCAACGACACAUCACCUAAGCACUCGUUUUUUUAACAAAUAUUUCUGAACGCAACUUAACCUCAAAUGUCAACAAUGUCACUGUCAUUAAUUGUCACAAUUUAUUGUUUAAUUUUUUAAUUGUAGUAAAAAAUAUUAAUUUAAACAUAGGAAGGUAAUAAUAAUAAAAAAUUAAUAGAACUUUAUUUUAAUAAUACUAGGUAUGUACUUUUUUCCUACCUAUAAUAACUAAUAUACUUUAUCUGCAAAAAAAGGUGGCAACCCUAGUCCUCGUGUAUGCAGCAGAACAGUUAGAAACGGAAUGAAGUGUCCAAGUUUUUAAUAAUUAUUAUUCCAAGCUUUUGGCGCCUUCUUUGAAAUUUCAUCACUUGCUACAGUGGCGCCGCUAUAAUAGUUCAAACACAGAGAUUUUCCCUUGCCUCUUCGCUCUGUAGUUUUAACAAAAACUGUUCUUAAUUAUCCGAAUUUAAGUAUAUUGUGUUCGUUAGUAUUAUUAAUUUCGUGAAUUGUGUAUUUUUUCGUUUUUUUUUUUCGUACAUCUUAUGUGUAUGUGUAUAUGUAAUGAUUUGUUCGCGACUUUCUUAAACAUAAUUAGAAUAACUUUUACGGUUCAGAUUCGCUGUUCUAUUGUUAUCUUUACUGACAUUUCGAAUGCUUCAUAGUUAAUACUAGCGACCCGCCCUCGCUUCGCUUCAGAAACAUUAAGUUUUAUUAUUGAAUAGCGGUGACGCCGCGCGGCGAAGCUAGUCUAAAAAAAAGCCUAAGUUACUCCUUAUAUCAUCAGCUACCUGUCAGUGAAAGUCCUGUCAAAAUCGGUCCAGCCGUUCCAGAGAUUAGCCGGAACAAACAGAAAGACAGACAAAAAAAUGUUAUUUUGGUGUAUUUAAUAUAUUCAUAUGCAUGUAGUAAAAAGCGGUUAUUUCAAUAUUACAAAGGGAGACUCCAAUUUUAUUUAUAUGUAUAGAUGAUCACGGACGGCCGAAGACUGAUCAUGUUUACGACAAAACAACAAAUAAAAAAUGUAAACGAGAAUCGUGACAAUUGAACACAUUGUGUCCAUUCUUUCAUUUCGUUUCGUUAUUAACUCUGAUAAUUCGAGAAUAAAUUUAUUCAUACUUUUAAACUAACUGAUAAAAUAUAUGCUUAUUUCUUCCGUGAAGCGGUGCGUGCGUUUCGGUUUGAAGGGCGGGGCAGCCGUUCUAACUAUACUGAGACCUUAGAAAUGAUAUCUCAAGGUGGUUCGCGGCAUUUACGUUGUAGAUGUCUAUUGGCACCGGUAACCACUUAACGCCAAGCUGUGUGCUGUGAGCUCGUCCAACCAUCUAUGCAAUAAUUUUUAUUCAUUUAUUUAAUCACCAUUCCCGAGUAUACGACGCCUUGCUGAUGGCUAUUCCGAACUGACCCGUAAUUAAUGAAUCCGGCGCUAAACACGCUUUCUUACACAGCACAAUGUGCGCGAGAACAAAACUAAACAGUAAAAGUAGUUUUAAUUACAACAGAAAUAUACGAUUUUUGUAAAUUUAAUCUAAGGAGGGUAGGAAGAGCACCGUCUCAGUGUAUUAAAAAGUGUCCGCUAAAAGGGAACCAAUUAAGCUGGCGCCACCGUAGCAUGUGGAAAGGUUUUAAAAACAGCGCCUUAAACUACCACAUUUCGCUUCAAUCCAGCACACUACACUCUGUUUAAAACAGCUAUAUAUUGGAACCUCUGGGUCUGCGGAAGGGACUUCGGUUCCCUCUGUAUUUUGUACCGUAUGUUCCAUGGGUAGUGCUCUGAGGAAUUGUUCGAGAUGAUACCGGCAUCUCGUUUUUACCAUCGCACCGCCCGCCACCGGAGUAGAGUUCAUCCAUACUACCUGGAGCCACUGCAGUCAUCCACAGUGCGUUUCCAGAGGUCUUUUUUGCCACGUACCAUCCGGCUAUGGAAUGAGCUCCCCUCCACGGUGUUUCCCGAGCGCUAUGACAGGUCCUUCUUCAAAUGAGGCUUGUGGAGACUAUUAAACGGUAGGCAGCGGCUUGGUUCUGCCCCUGGCAUUGCUGAAGUCCAUGAGCGACGGUAAACACUCACCAUCAGGUGAGCCGUAUGCUCGUCUGCCUACAAGGGCAAUAAAAAAAAAGCUAUAUUCAUAUAAUUUCCACAUCCUACACUAGCGCUGUUUCGGUGAGUCUUCCAACAAUAGCUCGCUGUUUACAGGUGAACACUUUUAACUUGUCCCCUAUAUACAAGAUGGCGCUCCUUACUUCUACCCUCCAUACUUGAAUCUAUAAAGUGAUCUGCUGUCAGAGCACGUGCUUCAGAAAAAUAUUGUAAAAUAACUUCUCCUUAGUGUAUCUAAUUAAAAUAGAAUUAAAAACUAUUGGUACAAUACCGAUGUAUAUCAAUAUAUAGACAAUAAUAGACGUAUGAAAAAAUUGUUUGUGUAUACAGUGUGCUUGAAUAGAAUUGUAGGAGUUAGCAUAAGCAGUGUUAAUAAAGAUUUAAGUACAAUUAUUUUUAGAUAGCGUCUAUGUUAAAUUGUUUAAAGUCGAAAAUCUUGAGGCUCGCAUGUGGUCGAAACAUGACGCGGUCACGUGGUCCGGUGUGCUCAUUGUGAGUUUUUUAACGUUUUCGAUAGCGGUAAAAGUAAAAGUUAACUCAAAUUUGUAUGGAGUUGGAGCCCCUAGCGGCAAACGUAGACAAACGUUCUAACUUCGUGGAUAUAUGAGUUAACUGUUACGUUAUCGAGAACGUUAAAAAAACUCGCACUAAUCAUACUGUAUAAUUUAGCAAGCUUUUAUUAGCUUUAUACGUUUGUUUACGGUAAAGGCUCCUUAUUGGCCGGGUUAGAAAAAAUACGACCCGAUUUCCUGUGUGUGAGGCUAAAGUUCUUUAUGCGCAGAUCUAAUCGGUACAUCGGUACAUACUAGGAGUGGGUGAUAUAAAUCGUAUAUAGAUUCAAUAUCUAUAUAUCGCAGCAAUAUCGUUGAAUCCGAUAUCGCCCCGCGCGAAAUCUAUAUAUCGAUAUCAGCCGAUACACGAUAUUGCUCGAUGUGAUGCGCAUCGCCAUAUCGGACCGAUUCGUGAAUCGAAAUCUAUAUUUCGAUAUCAGCCGAUACACGAUAUUGCUCGAUGUGAUGCGCAUCGCCAUAUCGGACCGAUUCGUGAAUCGAAAUCUAUAUUUCGAUAUCAGCCGAUACACGAUAUUGCUCGAUGUGAUGCGCAUCGCCAUAUCGGACCGAUUCGUGAAUCGAAAUCUAUAUUUCGAUAUCAGCCGAUACACGAUAUUGCUCGAUGUGAUGCGCAUCGCCAUAUCGGACCGAUUCGUGAAUCGAAAUCUAUAUUUCGAUAUCAGCCGAUACACGAUAUUGCUCGAUGUGAUGCGCAUCGCCAUAUCGGACCGAUUCGUGAAUCGAAAUCUAUAUUUCGAUAUCAGCCGAUACACGAUAUUGCUCGAUGUGAUGCGCAUCGCCAUAUCGGACCGAUUCGUGAAUCGAAAUCUAUAUUUCGAUAUCAGCCGAUACACGAUAUUGCUCGAUGUGAUGCGCAUCGGCAUAUCGUACCGAUUCGUUAAUAUCAGCAAUAUUCGUUUGGUUCGUAUCGAAUCGGUCAGAGUGAGUGAGCGCACGAUAGGGAUAUCAUGUGAUGAAUGAAACAGAAACAGGCAUUAUCCAUACAAUUGUAAACCUUAUAUUUAAGUCCAUAUGUCUGUAGAUUAUUCUUAGCGUAUCAGCAGGAUACAAUUAAGGAAAGAAGUUUCAACUUUCGACCCUAACUUGAAUGCAGUAUAGCCUAUUUGCAUCGUUGAAUUUAAUUUCACGCGCUUUGACCUUGAACUAGAAUUUUUGGACAAGUGUUUAUAAAUACUUAAAAGUUUUUUGUGUUUGAUUUUUAAAGUACACAUUUUUCUAUUUUUAGUUGAAUCCAAAUAAUUGAGUUUAUUUCUUGUGUUUGUAUUAAACUUUUGAAAUCUACACUCUUUUGGUAUAUUUUGUAAUUUUAAAUUAAGACACAAAAUACUAAAAACUGAAAAUAAUGUAGCCAGUCCUAAGCCUGGUAAAAGCCUGAAGGAAAGUUUUUUUGAUAUUUUUAUUUUCAUGUUCUUUUUAUUACUUUAAGAUCAUAUUAUAAAUUGAUAUCAGAAAACCAACCGUAUAACGUUGACUUAAAUCUAUAUCUACUACGAUAUUAUAUCAGCGUAUCGUUUCAAAUCUCAAAUAUCAUGAAUCGAGAAAAUCUACUAGCAUCCAUCAAUAUAUAGAUUCAGAAAAUAUAUAGAUUCAAUAUCCGAUAUUGAUCCUCGAUAUAUAGAUAGGAUUCGAUACGCGGCAAAACCGAUAUUACCCACUCCUAGUACAUACGCAUUGAUAAAAAGGACUCCAAUAUGUAGGUACCCGAUCGAAUGUCCUUUGUGAUCGCGCUUUUUCAUAUUCACAGUACGGUAACGGAAUCUUUCAAUGUCAUUCUGGCCGACUUUAAAACGUCAGUGUGCUUAGUGCGAGUUUUUUAACGAUCUCGAUCGCGUGAAAGUUAACUCAGAUUUGUAUGGAGUUGGAACAGCGUCCCUAGCGGCAAACGAAGGGAAGCUUCACUUUUUCAUAACUGUUACACUAAAUUAGAUACAUUUUGUGUAAGUUUUAUUCUAAAUCAAAGACCUGCUUGCCUAACUAAUUCAAAAAAAAAAAAAAAAACCUGACUCUUACUAGUCCGUAAAUGUACAUAGAUCUUUUUUACAUUUCCAACGAAAGGAAAAAAAAAGUAAUUAAUUUUUUUUUUCUAAUAAUCUUUUUUUUAGCGGCGUGUUUGUAAAAUUUCCUUUUUUAUAAUUAUCUAUACAACAACAAUAGUGCUUUUUAUAACUUGUAUUUCCGGUAUUCGAUAAUAAAUCGACUAUGAAUCAUAUUGUGUGGCAACAUUAAAAUUACAUACCACUAAAAUAACGAACAAAAUGCUUAUAACCUCAAAAGUGAACAAAAAUUUAUAAAAAUAUUAAAAUAGUAAAAAAGCGAUACAUACAUAUGAAAAUACAAAACAAAUUCUAAGUAGUAUCAUUUUAAAUAUGAGUGAUAAUAUUGUAAAUAUGUAAUGUAGAUUGUAGAUAAUUAAUAAAAUGUGUAUCCAAAAUGAUUUUUCUAUGUUAGAUUACUUGCGUAAACAUAUUCAGAUUACCUGUCGAAUGUAUUCGCGUUUUUGUGGAUUAACUAAGACCACAAGGUUUAUGGUGGUAGUUUUCCAAUUACAGAGCAUAAUGCGACUCAGUGACGCACAAUGCCGAAUUAUGCUGAAGCUUAGUUGAGCACUAUGCCGCAUAAUGCGCUCUUGUGCUGUAAUUGGAAAACUACCGGUAACGCGUGUUUAUGGUGUUUCUUAUCCAAGAUUAUUUUUAGUUAUAAACGUAAUCUCGAAAGGCUAUAUUACUGAUAAUAUUUAGCUUUAAGUUUAUAAUUCGGAAGUGAACAAAACAAAUUGUGAUAUCCUCAACAUAUUUACCUAUUUAUGAUAUGAAAUAAAUGAAUAAAACUUACAAAA